CGUCGUCAGCAGUCCAGCAACAGACAGCGGCAGCAGCGGCAGACCUCGCUCACCUUGUAGGCGUAUAUAUAGCGAGCGACUCAGCUCAGGACCGCUGGCAUCGCUUGGCGUUCCUCACCGCCGAAUUGCCGCGUGUUACUAAAGAGAUUCAUUCGAUUGUUGUUGGAAGUUGUUGCUGCGACAUAGUGCACCACGAUGGCUUCGACACUGACAUCGGCUUCUCUCGUCUCUGUCAUGCUGUUCGCUCUCCUGGCACUCUCGUUGGCAGCUUCCAUACAGAAGAGGCAAUGGGAGGACGGUUGGUUUAACGACGGGAUGCCAGCCUGCUUGUCGGAAUGCGGAUGGGGAAUCUACGAAGCCGAAUCCUUCACCCGCAGAGUUCACACAUUCCUGCCCAACGCAUGUAAGUGUGCGCCCACGCACAGCUGCGAUUUGGAUAAGGACGACCCGUCGAAGCAUGCGUACGUCUACCGCUGUCGGAAAAUACUGCGAGAGUUCAGCAAUUCCCGUUAUACACGGGAAGUGUAGAUCCCCGUGAACGACGAGGCAUGUGUCGUAUUAUCUGCU